AUGUCCGACGAAAAGAUACCCGAUCUCCUCGAGAAACAAGACUCCUGCCCCACCACCCGCACCAUCGAGCCCGAACUCGGCAUCAGCGAGCCCGUCAAUGCCCUCCAACGUUUCGCAAACAAGCUCGAUGCAGUAUGUGGCGUGGAAGCCCGGGGUAUCGAGCGAAUCCCAGAAGAACUAAGGGAAAGAUCCAUGAGCUAUCGAGACUACAUCCACAUGUUCACCAUCUGGUUUUCGAUGAAUUGCACAGCUAAUCAGCUCACCCUCGGUGUCCUUGGCCCCGUGACCUACAAGUUGGGUUUCACAGACUCCAUCGUGUUCGUCUGGGCACCUACCGUCCUGGUUCUCUUUGUGCUCAUCGGCGUCGCGGGACCGCACUUCGAUACGUCGAUCGCUUCGGAGGGAACUGGCGCCGUACUCCACGGAAACCGCCUCUCGUACUUCUUCCUUGUUGCAUCGGGGCCGCUUAGCUGGUCUUCUGCUAGCGCCGAUUACGUCGUUUACUACCCCAAGACGACGAACCGUGGCCUUACUUUUGCAGCCACGACCUGCGGCAUCACAUGUGGUAAACUGAUGAUAGAAUUCCUGGGCAUCGGUCUCGGUUCCGGACUCCUGAAGAAUGCUACCUGGAAACAAGCGUUUGACGACCACGGCAUCGGCGCCCUAGUCGUGGAGUCCUACAAACCGCUCAACACAUUCGGAAAUGUAUGCUGCGUGAUCCUCGCUAUAUGUAUCGCGGCCAACAACAUCCCCGGGACGUAUGCUGCAGCGCUCAACUGGCAGCAACUCGGCGCUCCAUUUGCCAAGAUUCCAAGACCCAUUUGGAGUACCUUUUCUUGCAUCGUAUUCACAGUCAUCGCGAUUGCGGGCCGCGACUCGUUGUUUGAUAUCUUCAUCAACUGGCUGAGUUUGAUAGGGUACUGGACUAUCAUUUGGAUUACCAUGACGCUUCAGGAUGAGUACAUUUUCCGCAAGGGAAAGUUCGACUGGGAGAUCUGGGAUCGGAAGGAUUUGCUGCCACAUGGGUUUGCGGCGCUCUUUGGUAUGAUUGUCGGCUGGGUAUUUGCUGUUGUGUGCAUGUAUCAAACUUACUUUACGGGGCCGAUCGCGAAGCUUGUUGGGAAUGGUGCGGAUUUGGGGCUGCCGGUUGCUAUGGGGGUUACUAUGAUCGUCUAUCCGCCGGUUAGGUGGUUGGAGUUGAAGUAUGUUGGGCGAUAG